GCUAUAUAUAAUAAAAGAUGCCAGCCCAAAAGGGCCCUCAGCCAGCCAGUUAGCUAGCCAACCAAGCGUUUCCAAUACACGCAACUUGACCCCAUAUGCACUCGCAUCAGUUGCAGACAAAAAGGAUCGAUGCGGUUAUGUCGGACCGGAUGUUAGACCCUGUGCAUCAGCCCUUGAGGCCUUCCUAGAUACACUGGCACUCGCAACUUGAAUCAAAAACAUCGCGCCAACGACAUCAGUUCACCGCUCAGGAGUUGCCGCUCUGGAAACCCCGUUUUUGUCUAGUUGUUUCUCCAGCAACGAUGAUUCGCGGCGAAAUCCAGCGGCAGAAUGCGGGAUGAAUAACAACGCAUCGGUUUCAAUGCAAGCAGCUGAGGAUACGACUCCCAACCGGUGGUUCGCUGUUGCAGAGAAAGGCUACUUUUUUACGGCCCCGCCAACGGUAAAGAAGCGGGAUCUUCUGCGUGUCCUGUGUGGUGGAGAGACGCCAUACAUGAUGAGGUGGCCUGCGGAAGCGAGCACUAUUAACUCAUUAGCGAAAUGUAAACGUGUAUCUUGAAGAACGGCGAUUCGCUACGGAUUCUUGAAGCUGACGCUGGAGAAGUCUGAAAAGCCAUUGAAGAUCCGGUAAACCUUUGUGUUGAAGACUUAUGCGAGGGGCAGAGCAAGCGGUGUAAUCUGGUGGAAUGGCUUGAUUGUAUCUGACUUUAAGCAUUUUUUCCUUUUUCAUUUUUCUCUUUCUCUUAUGGAUUCUUUUUCCCUUAAUUGGACUGAU